CCAUAGCAGCAUCGCCGCUCUCGGAUGGCUGUUUCUGUAGCAACAGGGGAAGGGCGUGCGGAGCGCUGAGGUAUAAAAACACAGACAGUUUCUCAGAGCAGACUCAGAAACUCCGAGCUGCCUGCCGACAACCACCGCCACCGACUUACUCCGGAUCAUGAUGCUGAGGCCGAAGGACUUGUGUCAGGGAUCUGGCACCAAAACUUUCCUGGAAGCCAUGCAGAGCGGGAAAGUCCACUUGGCGCGCUUCGUCUUGGACGCGCUGGACGGCCGCAUCGUCAACGGGAAAGGCGAAAACGGCCGCACGCUUCUGAUGCACGCCGUGUGCCUUCAAGAGCACGCCACCAGGUCCAAGUUCACGCAGCUGCUUGUGGAAAAAGGCGCGGACGUGAACGCCCGGGACGAGCACGGACGCACGGCCUUGAGUCUCGCGUGCGAACACGGACACCUGGAUGCGGUGAAGCUCCUGGUGCAGUUCAACGCCGAUCCGGAGCUCGCGGACACGUGGGGGAACAGCGCCCUCAUGUACGCCUCGUGCGGAGGACACAGCCAGAUCUUGGAGUUCCUAGUGCGGGCGUUCAAGAAGCUCGGUCUGCGACUGGACCGCACGAAUCACGCCGGACACUCGGCCGCCCAAGUGGCGGACUUCUUCGGGCACAUCCAGUGCGUGCAAACCCUCAACGGCUGCGGGAAGAAGACGGUGAGUCCAACGAACAGCGCCGGGGAACCCGCCGAAGACCUGCGGUGGCCCAAUCGCCUCCCGAAGCAGGUCCUAGAGAGGUUCUCCAAACAAAUCCAAAGCAAGCACGAGGAAAUCCUCCCGGCCUUGUUUCAGAGACAGCUGCACGUCGGAGACGGCCUGAGACUCCGCUUCAGACGUCCGGACGCCAACCAGAGCCGAUCCCAAGACGGCGCGGAUCUGCUGUUCGCUUCCAAACAGGUGCAGAACUCCGCGCUGAAAGAGGUCGGCGGCGACAGAGGCGGCGAAAUCGACGGCGACGCAACGCUCCGGGGCAAAACGAGGCCGUUUAACCUCGACCUCAGGCCCGGGAGGAAGCAGUCCUACCAGGGCGACCUGCAGGACGCCAACCGACCCGCCAGCAAGUUCAAACGCGCGUCGCUGCAAGACGAAAAACCGCUCGUGGCGAAAUUCUACAGCGCGAACGCCGCCGACGGCCUCGAGGUCCGAAAAGAGGGGCAGAAGCGCGGCAAGGCGGCCAGGCAGAGCAAACUCCUGCUCGGCCGCGAGGAACUCGAGCCUGAAAGGAUCAAGCCUCGCUCUUCCGGGCUCUCCGGAUUCGGGAACAGACUCCUGCGCCGAUUCACGGCUCCUGAAUUCAUGCGGCACAUCAGGGACGGCCCCAGCGACGCCGGACGCGGCAGGGGGAAGAUGUCCCGCUCGGAGACCUUCCCGUUCUCGCACGCGCACGUGAGAGUGAACAGCCAGCCGAGCGUGGACAGCAUCAGCGCGGUGAGAUGCGAGUUUGAGAGCAAUCCUGCUCUGAAAUGAGCUUUUUACGGGGAGAUGCCCAGAGAGCGGUGCGCUGCACGAAUGUAAAAACUCUCGAGGCUUUUAACUGCUGCUGCUCUCAAGGUCUUUCACCGCCCCUAUACAUUCAUUAACGCACUUCGGCUAAUUGAAUUACUGCUGACAUCAAGUGCACUGCUAAAGAGCGUCUGUGCAUCGAGUACUUUCAUGCUUUUACCAUGCAUGGCACGUUAUAGCCUAUUUUUAUAAAUGCAUGCAUCAAAACGGUUUUGUAUAUCUACGCAUAGCCUGCCUAUGAUGUAAAUAGUUUCUAUUCUGCGUUCUUUGAUAGAGAAAUAUAAUAAAGCGACCGCACAAAAGAGACGGAAAGCAUCUGUGUACGCUUCAGGCAUCUGAAAUGCAUAAGAAAUAAAACUCGCCAUCACUGUUUUUUUACUUUCAUAUGCAUGAUUUAUUCUUUAAAAAAUUUAAACGUAUAGCUCUCUUUCGCCGACGGCCGGCACACAAACAGGCACACGGCACAUGUUGUGGAAAGAAGGUUGAUUAUGAGUCAUGUGUCCUCGGCUGCGUCAUGUGCACAAACACUAACGAGGGGCCGCUCGCACCAGAUGCGCUCCUGCGCUCGAACACAGAUGGAGCGCGACUUAUAGAAACAAACGCAGGAGUUCGAAAAUACUUCUCAUUUGACGUGAGACCGACUCGCGGGGAACCGCAUGGCAUUUUUCAAGUUUGCAUAAGCUUGAUCAGUAUAUUCGGGACAAAAAGCACUGUGCGACUACAAAUACAGUGAUAUGCAUGUAGCACUUUACAAUAAGGCAUCAAAUUGUGAUUUUAAUACAUGCUGAAAUGAACAUCAGCUAAGAUGAAUAAAUGCCGUAGAAGUAUUGUUCGUUCUUAGUUCAUGUUAAUUAAUGUUCACUGAUGAACCUUAUCGUAAAGUGCCUCCACAUCGCACAUUUAUAAAUAAAACCAAAAUGAUUGUUGGUGUUUUACAUUUUUAGGUUUCUAGUUAAAACCCGUCAUAUUUAAUUCAGUGUUAUAUUCGCCUUUUCUUUGAAGAAAAAACAGAUAUAAUUAAAUUUUUUAUUUUUUAUUUUUUUACAAUUUAGUAUCCGCACCAAUUUUUUGCGUAUAAACCGUUUUCUUAAAGAAAUUAUGUAGGCAUGAAAUAAAGAUCAUUGUGAAUUUUAUCUCUUCA